ACUCCAAACAGCCUCCAGCUAACUCUCCAGACUCCAAACAGCCUCCAGCUAACUCUCCAGACUCCAAACAGCCUCCAGCUAACUCUCCAGACUCCAAACAGCCUCUAGCUAACUCUCCAGACUCCAAACGGCCUCCAGCUGACUCUCCAGACUCCAAACAGCCUCCAGCUAACUUUCCAGACUCCAAACAGCCUCCAGCUAACUCUCCAGACUCCAAACAGCCUCCAGCUAACUCUCCAGACUCCAAACGGCCUCCAGCUGACUCUCCAGACUCCAAACAGCCUCCAGCUAACUCUCCAGACUCCAAACAGCCUCUAGCUAACUCUCCAGACUCCAAACAGCCUCCAGCUAACUCUCCAGACUCCAAACGGCCUCCAGCUGACUCUCCAGACUCCAAACAGCCUCCAGCUAACUUUCCAGACUCCAAACAGCCUCCAGCUAACUCUCCAGACUCCAAACAGCCUCCAGCUAACUCUCCAGACUUCAAACAGCCUCCAGCUAACUCUCCAGACUUCAAACAGUCUCCAGCUAACUCUCCAGACUCCAAACAGCCUCUAGCUAACUCUCCAGACUCCAAACAGCCUCCAGCUAACUCUCCAGACUCCAAACGGCCUCCAGCUGACUCUCCAGACUCCAAACAGCCUCCAGCUAACUUUCCAGACUCCAAACAGCCUCCAGCUAACUCUCCAGACUCCAAACAGCCUCCA